AUGGGUCGCCCAAAGCCCAUUGCUCAAGACCUCCUUGCCGAUCUCCAUGUUGACAUCGAUGCUCAGCCGACGCAAACCAUGCCCCCACCAAAGCCGAAACGAACCAAGAAAGCCCAACCAAAGGCUAAAGCCACUGAAGUUGAGGCUGAGGAUACCCUGACAAUUUCACAAUUGGCAGGGAGUGAGAAGACGGCUUCCGUUUCCAAACAAAGGUCUGCUGAGACACAGCCAUCAGAGUCCACACAAUCAAAGAAGCCGAGGUCAUCUUCUACGAUGACCUCGGGGUCCAGAAUACCAAAAGUCCCCUGGACGCCUGAAAUUACUUUAGAAGAUAAGCCUGUUCUUGCCAGCGAUAGUGCCGACGACAUUAAUGUCAGCGUAGCACUUAGUACCGCCCUACUUCUCCCAGUUGCCAAGGAAACUACUCCUGAACAGGCCUCAUCUGACGUUCCUCUAGCCGAAAAAAGUCUUGAUGAAACCCUUGCGCAGAUUGACGCCGAAAUCGAGGCGGAAAAGACUACCGAAGUAGCUCUCCAGGAAUCAGCCGAGCAAAAUGCAUCAUGGCAAAUAAUGAGACAGAUAGAGCAGCAUUGGAGGCCUUCAAGGCUGCAAUUGUUCAAGACCCAUUCAGUGCCCUCUCUUCCUGGAAUAAUUCACUGCACUUCUGUCUCUGGAACGGCAUUUUGUGUAGUCGCCGACAUCCUGAUAGUCAUUGGGAUAACUCUAAGGUCCCAAGGCCUGGUUGGAUCACUCUCAUCUCAUGUAGGAAACCUCUCCUUCCUCGAAAGAAUUCGUCUUCCAAACAAUAGCUUCCACGGCCCAAUUCCACAGGAGAUGGGUCGCUUGUCUCGGCUUCAAAUAAUAGAAUUCGGCAACAAUUCGUUUCGAGGUGGAAUACCAAACAACCUUUCUCGUUGCUCAAAACUUGAAUGGCUGGACUUGGUCAACAACAAUCUAACCGGAAACAUCCCAGCUGAGUUGGGCUCUUUGUCUAGGCUUCGAACUUUAGCCUUGAAUAAAAACAAGCUUUCAGGAACCAUCUCUUCUUUCAUUGGAAACCUCUCAUCUCUUUUCCAAAUCUAUUUAUCGGAAUGUAAUUUGCAUGGGGAGAUUCCUGCGGAAAUUGCUAGGCUUCGAAGCCUGAGAUUUGUCGUGUUAUAUGGGAAUAACUUAUCUGGCAAGGUUCCAUCUGGCCUUUACAAUAUCUCUACCAUCAUUUCGUUAUCAGUAGCUUUCAACCAACUUGAAGGAAAUAUUCCUCCUGAUAUAGGCUCCACACUUCCUAAUCUCAAGUUUCUUAAUCUUGUCGGCAAUUUAUUUACUGGAACAAUUCCUACUUCACUGUCAGACGCUUCGAAGCUCGAAUCGAUACAAUUUGGUGAAAAUUAUUUCAGCGGGACAAUGCCGAGAGAUCUUGGAAAACUUCUGAGUCUUCGAUGGAUAAGUGUUUCUCAAAAUCGGUUGCAUGAUGACCUCACUCUUAUUUCGUCUCUAACAAAUUGCACCAGUUUACAAUUUAUUGAAGUGGCUGACAAUCUUUUUGGAGGCAUCGGGAACCUCCUCAACCUCACUGUCUUAUCUAUGUCAGCAAAUAAUCUUGCUGGCCCUAUUCCGUCCUCCAUUGGAAGACUUCAAAAGCUGCAGGCUCUGUACUUAGACCAGAACAAAUUCACAGAACUUCCAUCUUUGCUUGGUAAUUCGACUUUGUUGAUUACUCUCAACUUGGGAGAAAACAACAUCCAUUGA